CGAUGGGCGUCUCGGCAGCGCAUGCUGCGGCGGACGGGCGCGCUCUCGGACUCGAUGGUAGACGAGCUGGACGAGCUUGGGUUCGUCUGGGACCCGCUCAUGCACGCGUGGGAGCAGAGGCUCGAGGAGCUCGAAGCGUUUGCUGCCGAGAACGGCCACGCCUCUCCUCCGGUGGACUAUGCGCAGUCGCCGGGGCUGCCUGCUUGGGUGGCCCGGCAGCGGGUGCUGCACAAGCGUGGCGAACUGCUCUCGGCACGGCGCGAGGCUCUCGAACAGCUGGGUUUCGAGUUCGACCCGAGCUCAGCCAAGUGGGAGCAG